CAGGGUAUCGCCGGGCGCUGUCACGGUCCUCGCGUGCGCGCCGCCCUGGUUCGAAUAAAACCCCAAGUCGAAGACGCGUCCCCAUCUGUCUCCAUCUUACCUUCACCCGCUCACUGUCACACCCCACCAUGCCCAACGCGACAAAGAAGUUGAAGGGCUCGCUCAAGAUGCCGAAGAUGGGUGGGUCGUCGUCGCGUCCAAGCAGCGCAGGGUCGUCUCCCACGACGCCAAAGACACCAAAGACGCCUAAGACGCCCGCCGAUGAGGGUAUCGACUUCUUCGAGUCGGCGUUCAAGCAGGGGGAAAAACCGGUCCAUGUGUACGAACUGCAGUUGGAACCGGAUGGCGGACCUAGCAAAGACCGAGCUUAUAUGCGCCUCCCUCCGGCGAUCUCUCCGUAUGUCCUCCGUGUAUCACUGGAUGCAGGUACCCCCGCCUCGAAGAACGGUGUAUUCAAGACCAACUUUCCACUCGAUGGUGGCGUCUUCGCCCGCGAUCGGUUUGCCGAGCGAAAGCUGCCUAUCAAUUUCUCCAAACAUAUACAUGUCAAUCUGCCAAUCUCCCAUGCCGGUGCAUUUGCAUACUGGGUGGAAUACGACGGCGAGGAACCGGGUACACGCGUCAAGGGUCGCGAGGGCUACUUCAACAUCGACCCCAUCCUCCGAACCAAGGCGCGGACGCCCAUUCUCUCGAAGGGUGGUAGCAUCUCCGAGAAAGGCGCUUCUGUACAGUCCGACUAUGUGAACUUGCCACUCGAUGGGCUUUCCAUCCUUACGCUCGUCUCGAAAUGGAUGGGCAACACGAAAGGCUGGCGCGAGUACCUCGCAGAGAGUAGCGCGCGAGGAUACAAUAUGAUCCACUGGACGCCUCUUCAGGAGCGUGGCGAGAGCAAUAGUCCGUACUCGAUCCGCAACCAGUUGGUUUACGAGCCGUCGAUGUUCGCGGGCGGAAAGAAGGAUCUUGGCUCUGAUGGCGGCGUAGCGAAGGUCGAAGAACUGCUCAAGAUCGCGAGGGAUGAAUUUGGGCUGCUUAGCCUUACGGACGUCGUGCUGAACCACACGGCAAAUGACAGUCCGUGGUUAUUAGAACACCCCGAAGCCGGCUAUAGCCCGGCGAACACGCCUCACUUGACCCCGGCACUCGAGCUCGACGACGCUAUCAUACGUUUCUCCAAGGAGCUGGUCUCCAAGGGCCUCCCGACCACCGUCGGCUCACAAGAUGACAUCGAUCGACUCAUCAGCGGGUUUCAGGACUACAUCAAGGACCUGAAUAUGUGGCAGUACUACGCCCUCGACGUCAAGAGGGAACGUGAGGCCGUCCUGACUGCGCUCACAGGUGGAAAUGCGGCAGCUUGGGAUGGCGCAGACGUUGUGUACAAGUCCGUCGCGGAGCUGGCUGAAAUCAUUCGUGCAUCUGGGAAGGUGCAUGGGCUGAAGAAGUUGGAGAAGAAGCUGGGGACGUAUGUUGAUGGACCGGUUGCAGCUGGUCUGGUGAAGGCGGCGUUCGUGGAUCUUGGGAACGAUGUCAACGCACUCGCGGAUGCGUGGAUCAGGGUCGUGGACGUGUUGAACGUGCCGCUCUAUGAAGAGUGGAAGGAAGACACUAGCGUCGCGCUGGACAGCAUUAAGAACAGGUUGAGGUACACUCGUCUGGAUGACCAUGGUCCGAAGAUGGGUCCUAUCACCGAACAAUCGCCUCUCGUAGAGACGUACUUCACCCGUCUUCACUUGCGGAAGACGAACACUCCUCUUGAUCCCGCCAAGUACUCCGUCGCUAACAACGGCUGGAUCUGGAACGCCGACCCUCUGUCGAACUUCGCGCUUCCGCCGUCUAAGGCGUACUUGCGCCGCGAGGUCAUCGUUUGGGGCGACUGCGUCAAGUUACGGUACGAUGACUCGCCCGAGGCGAACCCGUGGCUCUGGGAGCACAUGAAGAAGUACGUGACAUCGCUCGCGAAGACGUACUCGGGCUUCCGGAUCGACAACUGCCACUCGACGCCGCUGCAUGUGGGCGUGUACAUGCUCGACGCAGCGCGCGUGGUCAACCCGGACCUGUACGUGUGCGCGGAGCUGUUCACGGGGAGCGAGGAGACGGAUAAGCUGUUUGUGAGUCGUUUGGGGCUGAAUAGCUUGGUCCGGGAGGCGGGAAACGCCUGGGACCCGAAGGAGUUCUCGAGGCUAUUGUACAGGCAUGGCUUGGGGAAACCACUUGGCUCGAUGGACAGCGCUUGCGUGACGAGCAAAGAGGAGCUUCCGCCUCCGACAGGCAAGGGACCGACACGCCCGUGCCUCGUCAUCCCGCACAACGGCUCAGCUCCGCACGCGCUCUUCUACGACCUCACGCACGACAAUGAGACGUACCUUGACAAGCGGUCCGCGGAGGACGCCUCUCGACGGGGCUUCGACGACUUGUACCCGAAACUCCUCAACCUCGUUGGCGAGAACAGGAAGUACGAGGUGACGGGAGUUCGGAGACAAGAGCGGCAUCGCGAAGGCGAAAGGCUGUUGAACUCGUUGCAUACGGAGAUGGCGCUUGGAGGCUUCGAGGAAGGGCAUGUCCACCAGGAGAAUGAUUACAUCGUCAUACAUCGGGUGCAGCCCUCGACUCAGAAGGGGUACCUACUCGUUGUGCAUACGGCCUUCUCCAAGGGAUCGAAGGAUCGUGGUUACAUCAACCCUAUCAAGCUUCGCGGUACCAAGGCUAAGUUCAUCUACGGACUGGAUGGCGAGGGGCCCUAUGGCGAGGUCACCGUGCCCGAGUACUUCCCGCCUGGGAGCUUCAUGGUCUUUGAGACGCAGCUGCAAGGACUUGACCAGGCCCUAGAUCUAUUCUGCGCAUCAGGCGCGGAAGAGGCGUUCGCGAACCUCGACCUCGUCGACCUGAAUGUCAUGCUGCACCGCGCGGAUGGCGAAGAGCGGGAUGCGACCGGCGGCGAUAUCGGCACGUACGCUAUCCCAGGAACGGAUGGCCUGGUGUAUUGUGGUUUGGAGGGCUGGAUGCACCCGUUGCGGCAUAUCAUGCGGUACAACGAUCUCGGACAUCCUCUCUGUGCCCAUCUGCGCGAAGGAACAUGGGCGCUUGAAUACGUACAUUCGCGAUUGUCGAAGCAAGUUGGAACGUUCCCAAACCUGGAGAAGCCUGCACAAUGGUUCAAGGUGCGCGCCGAGCGGAUCAAGGAGAGCGUCCCCCCUUUCCUGCGGCCGAAGUACUUCGCCAUUGUCAUCUCAGAGGCAUACAAGGUCGCACGCAGGAUGGCAAUUGAGCAGUGCUCCGACUUUGUCUCGACGGGCCACUCCUUCACGCAAGACCUUGCGCUGUGCUCGAUACAAAUGCAUGGUAUGGUCCAGUCUGCUUCGCUCGACCCUGGCAAACCAACUCCCUCCCUGGCGGCUGGGUUGCCUCACUUCACCGCCGGAUGGGCGCGAUGCUGGGGUCGCGAUGUGUUUAUUUCACUCCGUGGACUCUUCUUGACGACGGGCAACUUCUCUGGUGCGAAGGCGCACAUACUGGCCUUUGCGUCGACGCUGAAGCAUGGUCUGAUUCCUAACUUGCUGGAUUCUGUUCGCAACCCACGAUACAACUCGCGCGACUCUCCUUGGUGGAUGCUUCAGAAUAUCCAGGACUACGUUAACAGCGCCCCGGACGGCCUCGCUAUACUAUCGGAGUCUGUCAAGCGCCGCUUCCCUAAGGACGAUACCUGGGUCCCAUGGGAUGAUGCUAGGGCGUACGCUUACUCCAGUACGGUUGCAGAGAUUGUCCAGGAGGUUCUUCAGCGUCAUGCCGAUGGUAUAUCCUUCCGCGAGUACAACGCGGGUCCCAACUUGGACAUGCAGAUGAGCGAUCAAGGCUUCAACAUCGAUAUCCGUGUGGACUGGGAGACGGGUAUCAUCUAUGGGGGUAACGAGUACAACUGUGGAACGUGGAUGGACAAGAUGGGCGAGUCCGUCAAGGCGGGUAACAAGGGCAAGCCAGGAACAUCUCGUGAUGGCGCACCGGUGGAGAUCACUGGUUUGCUGAAGAGCACGCUGAGAUGGCUCGCGCAGCUAUCGAGCCAGGGAAAAUUCCCGUUCAAGGGAGUCGAAGCUGAGAUCGAUGGGAAGCGGCGGUUGGUCACGUACAAGGAAUGGGGCAACCUGUUGCAGACUUCGUUCGAGGCCUGUUACUAUGUUCCACUGGAUCCUGCCGACGAUGCAAAGUACAACGUCAACCCAAGCAUCAUCAAUCGUAGGGGUAUCUACAAGGACGUCUACGGCUCCGGCCCUGGGAGGGAGUGGUCAGACUACCAGUUCCGAGCGAACUUCCCAAUCGCAAUGACGGUUGCGCCUGAGCUCUUUGACCCCGAGCAUGCUCUGUAUGCGCUUAAACUGGCCGAUCAGGUCCUGCGGGCACCACUUGGCAUGAAGACUCUGGAUCCGCAUGACAUGCAGUACAGGCCGUAUUACGACAACUCGAACGACAGCGAUGACCCCGCUACUGCGAAGGGACGCAACUACCACCAGGGUCCUGAAUGGGGUUGGCCGCUUGGAUAUUUCCUACGCGCAUAUCUCUACUUCGACAUUCAAGCAGGCUCGGGCAAGACAGAUGUUACCGAGACUCUUCACCGGCUUCACCGCUCACUCCUUACAUCCCGCCGGCAUAUACAAAACGAUCCUUGGGCAGGAUUGCCGGAGUUGACGAACAAGGACGGCCAAAUCUGCCAUGACUCGUGCAACACGCAGGCGUGGAGCGCGAGUACCCUACUUGACUUCCUGGAAGAGGUGCACAAAUUGAGUCAGGCCACGAAGUGAUCGCAUGGGCACGGAUAAUAUUCUCCUUACACUCUCGCAAACUUGUUGUGUCCUCAUUCCCACCUAGCCAUAGCUGUCGCAUCGCCAAUACUGUAUCACUCGUACCGCAGUCAGACACGUCGUACUUGAAUGAUACACCAUAAGCACGUCGCAUACCACGAUCAUGGCUUUGACUCUCUUAAUCAGGAGUAACUUGAAUCCUGGUACCACCUCAGCAUCACCGAUACGCUCACAUCAUCGAUAAUCUCACUGAAACACAGCUUGCCACGACGUUUCAAGUACUGGGAGGAAUGAAGACACGACUAAUUACCCUAG